CAGCCAUGUCGUGCUCCCACCUCUCUACCGCCUGGUCCUCCUCGGCGCUCGCCAGCACCUCCACCCGCCGGCGCUCCAACACCCCCAACCCGCGCUCCGGCGGCCUGGUGGUCCGGUGCUCCCUCCGCGAGCUCCGUGGCCGCAUCGACUCGGUCCGCAACACGCAGAAGAUCACGGAGGCCAUGAAGCUGGUGGCCGCCGCCAAGGUCCGGCGCGCGCAGGAGGCGGUGGUCUCCUCCCGCCCCUUCUCGGAGGCCCUAGUGGAGGUGCUCUACAACAUGAACCAGGAGAUCCAGACGGAGGACAUCGACCUGCCCCUCACCCGCACCCGCCCCGUCAAGAAGGUGGCGCUCGUCGUGCUCACCGGGGAGCGCGGCCUCUGCGGCAGCUUCAACAACAACGUGCUCAAGAAGGCGGAGACCCGCAUCGACGAGCUCAAGCAGCUCGGCCUCGGGUACACCGUCGUCAGCGUCGGCAAGAAGGGCAACGCUUACUUCGUGCGCCGCCCCUACAUCCCGCUGGAGCGGCAGCUCGAGGUGAGCAGCGUGCCCACCGUCAAGGACUCGCAGGCCAUCUGCGACCUCGUCUACUCGCUCUUCGUCUCCGAGGAGGUGGACAAGGUGGAGCUGCUCUACUCCAAGUUCGUCUCCCUCGUGCGCUCCGACCCAAUUAUCCAGACGCUGCUGCCCAUGUCCCCAAAGGGCGAGAUCUGCGACGUCAACGGCGUCUGCGUCGACGCCACCGAGGACGAGCUCUUCCGCCUCACCACCAAGGAAGGGAAGCUCACCAUCGAGCGCGAGAAGGUCAAGAUCGAGACGCAGCCCUUCUCCCCCGUCGUGCAGUUCGAGCAGGACCCCGUCCAGAUCCUCGACGCGCUCCUCCCGCUCUACCUAAACAGCCAGAUCCUGCGCGCGCUCCAGGAGUCGCUCGCCAGCGAGCUCGCCGCCAGGAUGAGCGCCAUGAGCAGCGCCACCGACAACGCCAUUGAGCUCCGCAAGAACCUCUCCAUUGCCUACAACCGCCAGCGCCAGGCAAAGAUCACGGGGGAGAUCCUCGAGAUCGUCGCCGGAGCCGACGCCCUCACCGGCUGAGCCAUCUUCGUGCUGCUGCCUCUUCCUUGUUCACCCUGUGUGCUUAACUGAGCCGAGCUGAGACGGUGGUGGUGUUCGUGGUGCGGUACUGCCGCUCCUGCUGCUAUAUAUAAUUCUUUUUUCUCAUUUUUCUUCUCUUCUUGUUGUUUGGUCUGUGUCUGUAAUUCCUGAUAGCACAAACAAAGCUGAUUUCUGUGUUGUGA